CCCUGAGCUGAGACAAGAUGCCGCGGGAGCCCCUGGAGAGGGCCUGGUUUCUGGAGACUCGGAGUUGGCUGUGAAAAAGCCUUUGGGGAGUCUCCCCCCACCAGCAGGGACGCUCUUGGCUCCUGUGAGGAAGGGGCUCAGGGGCCAGGGCAGGGCCGGCUGCGCUGCAGCUAUGGACCGUGAGCUGGCCCGGCCCGCGUCCUUGCUCACCCUGCCCGCCUGCAGCCAUGCCCCCCACGGAUUCCUGGGUGUACAUCAUGGUGGAGCUGGCCAUCGCUGUGCUGGCUAUCCUGGGCAACGUGCUGGUGUGCUGGGCUGUGUGGCUGAACAGCAACCUGCAGAACGUCACCAACUACUUUGUGGUGUCACUGGCGGUGGCCGACAUCGCUGUGGGGGUCCUUGGCAUCCCCUUUGCCAUCACCAUCAGCAUAGGGUUCUGUGCUGCCUGCCACAGCUGCCUCUUCUUCGCCUGCUUCGUCCUGGUCCUCACGCAGAGCUCCAUCUUCAGCCUCCUGGCCAUCGCCAUUGACCGCUACAUCGCCAUCCGUAUCCCACUCCGGUACAAUGGCUUGGUGACCGGCAUGAGGGCCAAGGGCAUCAUUGCGGUCUGCUGGGUGCUGUCGUUUGCCAUCGGCCUGACGCCCAUGCUGGGCUGGAACAACUGCCGUCAGCAGAGGGAGGGCAAGAACCACUCGAAGGACUGCGGGGAGGGCCAGGUGGCCUGUCUGUUUGAGGAUGUGGUCCCCAUGAACUACAUGGUGUACUACAACUUCUUCGCUUGUGUUCUGCUGCCCCUGCUGCUCAUGCUGGGUGUCUACUUGCGCAUCUUCCUGGCGGCCCGGCGACAGCUGAAGCAGAUGGAGAGCCAUCCUCUGCCAGGCGAGCGGGCUCGGUCCACGCUGCAGAAGGAGGUCCAUGCUGCCAAGUCGCUGGCCAUCAUUGUGGGGCUUUUCGCCCUCUGCUGGCUGCCCCUGCACAUCAUCAACUGCUUCACCUUCUUCUGCCCUGAGUGGGACCAUGCCCCCUCCUGGCUCAUGUACCUGACCAUCAUCCUCUCCCACACCAAUUCCGUUGUGAAUCCCUUCAUCUACGCCUACCGCAUCCGCGAGUUCCGCCAGACCUUCCACAAGAUCAUUCGCAGUCACAUCCUGAGGCAGCAGGAGCCCUUCAAGGCAGGUGGCACCAGUGCCCGUGCCUUGGCAGCUCAGGGCAGUGAUGGAGAGCAGGUCAGCCUCCGCCUCAACGGCCACCCUUCUGGGGUGUGGGCCAACGGCAGCGCCCCCCAUCCUGAGCGGCGGCCCAAUGGCUAUGCCCUGGGGCUGGUGAGUGGAGGGAGUGCCCACAAGUCCCAUGGAGACACGGGCCUCCCAGACGUGGAACUCCUCAGCCACGAGCUCAAGGGGGUGUGCCCAGAGUCCCCUGGCCUUGAGGGCCCCCUGGCCCAGGAUGAAGCAGGAGUGUCCUGAUGACCCAUUGAGUUUGCCCCUUCCUAAGGGAAGGAAAUCUUUCUCUUUCUGGUUGGAGGAACCCGUCACAUUGGGAGAUGAGUGCGUGUGCCAGGAGAUUCUUCCUGCGGCCAGUUCCCACUUUGGACUGAGAGGAGGGAGCCCCAGCUGGAGCAGCAUGAGGGCCAGCAGGAAAGGUCUGGAGUCCGAGGAAGUGGAUGUUUCAUGUUGGGAGGUCCUGCACAAGGCCAGGGCCACGGCACCAGAGCAUCUUGGCUGGAGAGGGCCUGGUCCCCCACUCUGGAAGCAUGUAGAAGUGCCACCUUGUCUCUGCAGAGCAGCUGUGGCAGAGCAGACUGGCUGGCCCUAAGGCUGGGAAAGGGCUCCAACAGGCACCCUGCCACACACACACCACCCUCCCCAGACUUUCCGAGGUUCUGGAGCCGCUGUGCACGGAGGUGGGAUUUGACUGUUUUUUCCCCAGGAGAAAAUGUAAGCGUGAGGAAAUCCUUUUUAUUUUAUUAUCUUCCCUCCCUGGCUGCUGGGUCUGUUGUUGGUCCUGCUGCUAACCUGGCACCAGGAGUUGGCCCAGGGAGGCCCAGGCAGUCCUCUCUGGCUGCCAUGAGCUGCCAUACACUUCUCAUCCGUCAGUCCCGAGCCCAUCUCUUGGGGUGACAAAGCUGGGCUUGGGGACAGGGAGUUGUAAUAGAGUGGUGCCAGAGCGUGGGCUCAGGGGAGGAGUUCGGGGCUGGCCAGCAUGGGGUGUGCCUGGGUAGCUCAGAGCUGCCCAUGUAGAGGCCCUAUCUAACUGCCUUUCCUUCUGUAGAGAAUGUUUUUUUCUGAGAUAAAAUAAAAAUGAGCCAUGUUGUGUUUUAAGCUUGUCCA